UUUUCUCUCCGCCCACAAAGCAGCAAGAACGCGCACCGCUGCGCGCCUGCGACUGGCCGCACUGAUUAACAAGGCAAAGACGAGUUUUCAGCGAGCGAGCUGCGGAAGGCUGUUUUUAAAUUACAUUCAAACCGUGGACACGCACGGAUUAAAGAAAAGAUGCAGGACUGUUCGCUGCGGAUUUGAACCUCUAGCAGUCUGUCGGCGAGCGACCGAAGAACGGAGGAAAAAAAAGAAGCAAUUAUUUCGUGGGAAUACAGAGACAAAUAAUCAUUUUGCUGGGCCACAAGUGUGUGCGGCUGUGCAACUAACAAGCCUGUCAGGAGAAGAAAAAGCCUGGGCUCCUAAUUAACUUCAGCUCACGUCUGGAGUGGUAAUGUCUUGAGGUCGUGACCUCUCCAGCCCAGUGAAGGACGUGCCCGUGCUGAGCUGCUGCUCAUGGGAACUUCUGCUCCACCAUGAGUGUUCGAGAUGGCCUUGGUGUCGGUAGGAGGGGCACACUGGGCCGACGGCAGCGCUUUGAGAACUCAGAGUUCACAGUGCGCAUCUAUCCGGGUUCCCUGGCAGAGGGCACCAUCUACUGCCCAAUCAGCGCCCGCAAAACCACCACAGCCGCUGACGCCAUCGAACGGGUCAUCGAACGGCUGCAGCUGGAUCGCACCAAGUGUUAUGUUCUCGCCGAGGUGAAAGAGUUCGGUGGGGAGGAAUGGAUUCUCAACCCGACCGACUGUCCGGUGCAGAGGAUGAUGCUCUGGCCUCGUGUGGCUCUAGAGCUCCGACCACUGUCCGGUGGCGAGGAUUACCGCUUCCUCCUGAGGCAGAAAAAUCUGGAUGGCUCUAUUCACUAUGGUGGCAGCCUCCAGUUGUGGCUGCAGAUCACAGAGGAGCGACGGCGCAUGGUGGAGCGGGGACUGCUGCCACAGCCGGAGUCUCAGGGUGACUACGCAGAUCUGUGCUGCCUGUCAGAGCUGAAUGAGCGCUCACUGCUGGACAACCUGCGCUUGCGCUUCCGCCAGGAAAAGAUUUACACUUACGUUGGGAGCAUCCUCAUAGUCAUUAACCCCUUCAAGUUCCUGCCAAUCUACAACCCAAAAUAUGUGAAGAUGUAUGACAAUCAUACGCUGGGAGAUAUGGAGCCCCAUAUUUACGCCGUGGCAGAUGUGGCUUAUCACGCCAUGCUGAAUAGACAGAGGAAUCAGUGCAUUGUGAUUUCUGGAGAGAGCGGCUCUGGGAAGACGCAAAGCACAAACUUUCUCAUCCAUCAUUUGACUGCUCUCAGCCAGAAGGGGUUUGCCAGUGGAGUGGAGCAAAUUAUCUUGGGGGCGGGACCAGUAUUAGAGGCAUUUGGGAAUGCAAAGACGGCUCAUAAUAACAACUCCAGUCGUUUUGGGAAGUUUAUCCAGGUGAACUACCAGGAGAGUGGCACCGUGAGAGGAGCAUAUGUGGAGAAAUAUCUCCUGGAAAAGUCCAGACUGGUCUAUCAAGAACACAAUGAGAGAAAUUACCACGUGUUUUACUACCUGCUGGCAGGAGCAAGUGAAGAAGAGAGGAACGUCUUUCACCUGAAGAAGCCUGAAGAAUAUCAUUACCUCAAUCAGAUGACAAAGACACCAAGACAACUGCACUGGGACAGUUACUGUGAGAGCGAACCGGACUGUUUCACUGUUGAAGGAGAAGACCUAAAGCAUGACUUUGAGAGGCUUCAGCUGGCCAUGGAGAUGGUGGGAUUUCUUCCUGCGACAUGCAAACAGAUCUUUUCUCUGUUGUCUGCCAUUCUUCACCUGGGGAACAUUCGCUACAAGAGGAAAACCUACAGGGAUGAUUCAAUAGACAUCUGUAACCCAGAGGUGCUGCCUGUGGUCUCAGAGCUGCUGGAGGUUAAGGAGGAGAUGCUGUUUGAAGCGCUGACAACGCGGAAGACCGUGACGGUGGGAGAGAAGCUGAUCGUUCCCUACAAGCUGGCUGAGGCUGGUACGGUGAGGGACUCCAUGGCCAAGUCCCUGUACGGAGCCCUGUUUGACUGGAUUGUCUUCAGGAUCAACCACGCUCUGCUAAACAUCAAGGACCUAGAAGAAACCACCAAGAUUUUGUCCAUCGGAGUGCUUGACAUUUUUGGGUUCGAGGACUAUGAGAGCAACAGCUUUGAGCAGUUCUGUAUCAACUUUGCCAACGAGCGUCUUCAGCACUACUUCAACCAGCACAUCUUCAAGCUUGAACAAGAGGAAUACCGGGCGGAGGACAUUACUUGGCGAAACAUUGAUUAUAUUGACAACACAGGUUGUAUCAACCUGAUCAGCAAGAAGCCCACGGCG